AUGAUGCAAUGCAAAUGGUUAGGAGAACAAGUAGCCACACCGUUGUUGAAGCUAGCACUGCACAAGCAAGAAGCGGGCAACUGGGGCCCAAAUGCAACGCUCAAGUUCUCGGAGCAUGGGGGCACAGGUGCAAUCUGGAAAGCGGUCAGCCAAUACAUCCCGCAAGACCGGUUCCGAUUCGGCCGCCAACUUGGGUCCAUUGACGGCCAGAAACGUGUCCCAUCCUUUGACAACAGCUUCCAAGUCUUGUACAAGAACAUGAUCAGCUCAGUCCCUUUGGACCUCUUCUGCGACUUGAUCAACCAGGAGAAACAGGUCACUGCACCCUCCCUGAACACUUCUACCAACGGAACGUGUCAAGCAUCAAGUCCUCCCCUUCCUUUGGAUCCAUCUGCUUGGCCUACCGAUUACCCGCACUUCUGGUGGUGGUAG